GGUCGCAGGGCGUCGAGCGCUGCAUACGGCGACCACCCUCGGCCAAGAGCGGCAGCGCGCGCAGCCAGCCCCCCGUGGGACACGCAUCACCAGCGGUAGCAACAGGAACAGCGCCAGUAUCUGCGGCGGAAAAUACGCACCGGUGCCGGAAUGGGGUUGGCUGUCCCACUGGCGGUCACCCUGACGGCGGUCCUGCUCAUCGCACCAUCAGUCCAGGCACAGCGUCGCGGCGUCUACAACGAGAUACCGGACAUAGCCAACAGGACGCUGCCGCCCGAUGUGGAGCCACUCGAGAGCAAGCUGGGAUUCGCCUGCUUUUACCCCAGCGACCCCCCCGUGGCCGGUCCGAGCGCGUACCACGGCAACCGUCCGCUGGGCGCCCGCUCCGUGGUUCCGCACGGGGGCCUGGUGCGCUUCCACUGCUCGGUGCAGCAGUACUACCAGCUGGUGGGGCCCGAGGCAGUGCUCUGCAUCGACGGCGCCUUCAACGAGACCCUGCCCACGUGCGAGAGGGCCUUCCUCGAGCGACGACUGGUGACAAGCGUGAAGGGCGACUACGUUCUGGGACCCGGCGGCCUGUACGUGGUGCCGCCUGAUGCGCCGGUCGAGAUCACCUGCCGCCGCACCAUGGGCGGAGGAGGCGGAAGGCCUACUUGGCAGUGGGACGCAAACCUGGACGUCUUCGUCAAGGAGAGCACCUUCUUCACGGCCCCGACGUCGACGAUCCGGAUGAAUCCCGUGGACGGAAGCCAUGGACUGUUCAUCUGCUCGGACGGCAAUGAAGAAGUGAUGCUCUCCCUCGAAGCCCGAGGUGACCGGUGCCCUCGCCCCCCGCUGGACCGGAAUCUGCUCAUGCGAUCCAACACGCUCCGGGCCGAGUUCGCGUGUAGCCGAGGCCUCCUGCUGGGCCCGCUGAGCGUUCGCUGCCAGAGCUUCCGGCGCUGGGACCUGGACCCUCCCACGUGCUUCGUGGCCGAAGGCUGCCCCUCGUCGGUGCAGGGCGGACAGCAGGGACCCCGCUUUCCCUGCGUGGUGCCCGAGCUGGCGACUGCGGUCGAGGCGUUUGCCGGCAACCGUCGCGUCGUGUCGGGCGACGCCGUGGCGCCGGGCGAGUCGAUACGCUUCCACUGCGCGCCCGUGGGAGGCUUCAAGCUGUUGGGCGAACCGCAACUGUCCUGCGUUGACGGUCGCUGGAGUGAUAAGCCUCCGGUCUGCGGCGUCAGCAGCCCGCACACCCUGUCGGUGACGCUCAACUUCCCGCACGCCCUCGCCCCGGGCGGUGUGGUGCAUGUGCUGCCGUACACGGAAGUCAACAUGGUAUGCACCAGCAACGACCCGGGACUGCCACCCCCGUGGACCAUGGAGGCUGAAGUCAACGCCACAGCCACCGAGAACCCCGGCUACCGGCAUUCGACGAGCCACCUGCGGUUCACGGCGCCGCAAGCGGGCCUCGAAGGGAGCUUCACGUGUCGAUCGCACCCGCACAGCGGCUGGGCCGAGUCGCGCACCGUCCACGUGCGCGUCAGGGAGCGCAUGUGUCCCGUGCUGACGCCCCCGCGUGGACUGCGCAUGCGCGCCAACUUCGACAUGGCCGUGUUCGAGUGUGAACCUCCCGGACAGUUGGUAGGCUCCCCGCUGCUCCAGUGUCAGCCCUUCGGGGACUGGGACUAUUCGAUUCCCCAGUGCCUACGGCCAGGACGAGUCGAAGACUGCCCCGUGCCCAUCCAACGGCCCCGAGGAGGUGUCAAAGAUCCGGCCGGCGUAGGUGGAGACGAGGAGGCGGAUGUCGGAAUGGGAGGCGGCGUCAGUGGAGUGACCUGGCCUGACGAUGCCGAGGGAGGAGAGCCACCGGCCACGCCAGAGGACAGUCCGCCGCUGCGAAGUCGGAAUGCGUUCGUGGCGCCCUUCCUUUCGCGCCUGCGCCCAGCAAUGCUGCGCCCGCUGUAGAAUCCGCUCGCACAAACGUCCCCAUAAAGAAAGCAGUUCAAGACACCCCACAGGUUGGGUUAUAUUA